AGCCUCACUCUGGCAGCUGUGCAGCUACCCCACGUACAUGCUCAUAUCCGGAGAGAGACAGACAGAGUAAGAGAGAGAAAGAGAGAGAGAGAAGACUGACUUCCUUCUUUUUUGCUCUGCAGACGCGUGCGUGACCUAUCUGCUCCCGGAUUUCCCUGCAACUUUUUUAUUUUUUCUUGCGAUUUUUAUACUGUUUUCAUCGUCGCAUUCCUCCUUCCUUUGGAAUGAACUGUUUUCCUGCCUGCAUCGUUUCCAUGCCAGCAUGGGAACUGCUGUGUCCAAGAGGAAGAAUUUAAGAAACGAUGCGAUUUCUUCUGUGGCAGCAAAAGUUAGAGCAGCGCGAGCAUUUGGAGAGUACCUGUCCCACACACACCCUGAAAACCGAAACGGAUCAGCUCAUCUUCUGUGUGAAACCUUGGUGGGUCCUGACCCGGAGUCGCCAAGUGACACAUUUGGCCCCAACAACAACAACCACCUCCAUCCCUGUUCUGAAACUAAGGGCUGUGAGGACAAACAGGAGACCAGCCUAGUGACACAGCCACUGGGCUUACUCCAGCCAACCCCAUCUUCUAUCACACUUUCUAACAAGGCACCAGCACGAUUGUCCCUCGAACGCAGCUUCUCAGUGGAGGAAGACCAGCAGAAGUGUGUGGAGUGUACACUGCAGCCUUCACGUGUGUACACCAUCACCACCCAGCACGGUAUGCUGAUGAGCGCCGGCCAGGGCAGCAAGGAGAGCCUCGAACUGGACGUCCUAAAGGAGAAGUCGGGGAGCAGUGGGGUAGGAUCUAGGGGUGGCUCGAUCCAGCCUUCCAAUUCCCCUUCCUCCGCCUCAUCGUCUCCAACCCAGUACCAUCGCGCAAGCAGUGGCCGUGGCGCCAGCAGCUGUGGCAGCCACCAUCACAGCAACCAUCACCAUAGUAUGCACCAUCAUGGAAACCACCACCACCACAAUGUCUCGAGCAUGAAUCCACCUUCCAGCAGCGGAGGAAGUAGCGCGGCAAGUGGAAGCAGCAGUAGCAACCAGCAGCCGCAGCUAACCGCUGCAGGCUCUCACUCUCAUCAUGCAUCACACCACCACACCCACCAUCAUCAUCACCUGUCUCAGCCUCCACUGCAGACCUCGGUCAGCGCCCACAACAUUCGUAGCUGGGGCGAAGGUGGAAAAGGGGAGGCGGAGUGUAGCGGGUUGGCUUGUGAGUCGUGCAGUACUGCUCCCUCUCGAAGCCAGGGUUCCCUGGACCUGGAGAGUGCAUCGAGAGAGGCAGGCAAGCAGCACCGACGCCUAGAGCGGAUGUGGAGUGUGGACCGGAUGACUGGGCUGGAGAGAGAGGACACCAACUGGUUCCCCAAGGAAAAUAUGUUCACCUUUCAAACUGCUACAACAACCAUGCAGGCGAUCUCGGCUUUCCGGGGAUUUGUGCAGAGAAAAAGGAGAGAGAGGGAGCAGGAGUCAGCAGAAGUCAUCCAGAGGAACUUCCGGAAGCAUCUUCGGAUGGUGGGCAGCAGAAGGCUUAAAGCACAGACAUUCGCUGAACGUAGAUCGAAGAGUUUCAGCCGUUCCUGGAGUGAUCCCACCCCUGUCAAGAAUGACUCUCCUCAUGAACCCAGAGAGAGUGGAGACCUGCAGACCUCUUGUGGCACUCUGGAUGAAGGAGGUCUCGACGACAAUAUAGACUGGGAGGAGGAAAGGGAGAUGGAGAGGCUGGCAUGUGAGGGAGAUGACUUUAUACCUCCCAAAAUCAUGCUGAUCUCUUCUAAGGUCCCCAAGGCCGAGUACAUUCCCACCAUAAUCCGUAGGGACGACCCCUCCAUCAUUCCCAUCCUCUAUGACCAUGAACAUGCAACUUUUGAUGAUAUUUUGGAGGAAAUAGACAAGAAGCUCACAGCUUACAGGAGAGGAAGCAAGUUCUGGAGGAUGCUCAUCUUUUGUCAAGGAGGCCCUGGUCAUCUGUAUUUACUGAAGAAUAAAGUGGCAACGUUUGCUAAGGUGGAAAAAGAGGAGGACAUGAGCCAAUUCUGGAGGAGACUCAGUCGCUUCAUGAGUAAAGUCAAUCCAGAACCAAACCUGAUCCACAUAAUGGGAUGCUAUGUCCUGGGUAACCCCAAUGGCGAGAAGCUGUUCCAGAAGCUGAAGAAUCUGAUGAGGCCUUAUUCUGUUGAGUUCGAGUCACCGCUGGAGCUGUCUGCACAGGGCAAAGAGAUGAUCGAGGCGUACUUUGACUUCCGCCUCUACCGCCUUUGGAAGACGAGGCAACACUCCAAGCUGUUGGACUAUGAGGAUUUUUUGUGACAAAGACAUCUGGAUCAAUGGUGCAGCGGAGCCCUCCAGUGCCACGAGGAACCUGUUAAAACUGAUCCAGCAUUUGAACAUUGCUCAGCUGUAGUGCUCGGCCCGCCGACUCGACACAAACAGUCAUACCCGCAUUCACCCUUGAGAGGCUGGGAGAAGAGGGAAGGCAAUAGUAGACCAAGGGGCUGAAGAUGAAUUAAAUUAUGCUGUGCCUCCGCUCUUCCUCGUUUUCAAAAAGAAAGGUCACCGACUAACAGGGAAAAAAAGGCCAAAUCAACAUAAAAGGGGGGGGGGAGCGAGAGAGAGCUGGAUUUGUUUGCAUCAUGGCAAACAAAUCUGUCUGCCUCUUGAGUUUGAAAGCAAAAUCCAUAUGUCAAAUGUGUACAAAAGAAAUACCAUUAGAGUCACACUCCUCUGUUGCAAGGACUUCAUUUUUGAAGCUGAUGAUGCACGUCAGAAAACUUCCUGAAAUUCAUUCUGUCAUACUGUGGUUCUGUGUUUUGACUGGACCUCCCAAAUAAUCUCAGACCCCAGAGUAAAAUACUAAAUAAACCAUACGUUGAUGUGUGUAUAUAUCACAUUAAUAUAUUAGCAUAGCUUCAGUCAUGCAAAUUACUCUAUUACAAGAGAAAUGAUGCAUCAUUUAUUUUUGAUGUGCAUUGUUGUGCAAUUUCAUAUGGAAAUACUUUGGAAUAACUCAGGUUUUAGCCAUGAAGUAAUUAACCUGUUUGUCUAUCAAGAUAUUGUAAUCUUCAUCGCCAUUGCUUGGAAUGAAUGUAUUAUCUCUCCAGAGAUGCGUCUUUGGUUUGAGGAACUAUUCUCAUUGGGGGGGAAAGUACAAUGUUCGAACAUCGUGUGGGUGUUUUCCUUGUAAAACAAACAAAAAACAAAACAAAACGAAAAAACAUGCAGAUGUGUGUAUUUUCUCUUACUGUUCAUCCGGUAAAGGAAAAAAUAUCAUUCCCUCAAUUAUCUUUCUGUCACAUACAUCCAAACACAAAGACAGUCUAGUAUCCUUCAUGAUGUCAAGAGGGAUGUAAGAGCCAUGCAAGUGCUCCUACCGCUGUAGUGUAGGAGUUUUCCUAUUGAUCCUUCCUGCUCAUUUGCAGAAGGUCCGGGCCACUUAGCGGGCCCUUGUCAACAGUGCUGGCUGCACUCGCUAUCUGCCAAACACACUUGGCUUCUCUUAAUGGCAGCCAACCAGGCUUCCGCUGCCUCUCGCUUCGCCGGGCUGUGAUCCAGUCCAAGGACCGGAGCUUUCCCGAAUUUGCCAGGAGUUUAAAUUGUUAACAUCUAUUUGCUUCUCCUUCCAGGUGCCAGUGAGUUUCUAAGGCUGGCCCAAGUGACCUGAGCAGUCUCAAACAGAUUAAGGAGGGUCAAAGCACUCACACAAAAAUACAACACACACACACACACACACACACACACACACACACACACACACACACACACACACAAAUGCUAGGGCUGGGACAGUAGUUUAAGAAACCAUUAAAUCAGGACUAAGUUAAAAAGCCAUUUCACAGAUACAGUACCACAUCUGAAGGUCAGCUCGCUCGUAAUGAGGAGGAGUGCUCCUGUGAAAAUAUUUUAUAAUGUCUUCUGUGGCUCAGGGGGAACAUUUUUAGAAAGAAGCUUAUAUGAGAGAGCUUGCAUUACAAACUGGUGGUGCUGUGUUUGAGGGCUGUGGGAGUUUGUAUAGAGAGCAAAGCUGCAUUAGGGGAAGUGUAGGAUUCAGGGUGUUUGGGCAUGAAUGAAGAUCAAACACAUGUUUGAAGUAAUCAGUUCAGAAGUCGUGGUCAUUCCAAAGGUUGACAGACUUUAAAAAUGUAUUAAAAACAGCUGAUUUAAUCUCAGUCUGUUAAGUGCCCAAGUCCCUAAGAUCUACGUUUCCCAUAGCAGCUUUACAUAAUAAAAAGCAGCAACUCUUGCAAAGCACAAAAAUCUCAAUUCCCAAUUUUUAUUUUUAUUUUUUGCCAUUUAAAGCAGGUAGAUUUUGCAAAAGGCUCAGAAUAUUGAGGUUUUGUGCUUCCUGAGUGCUGCAUCAGAGGAAGCGAUUGUUGCGAAUGUGUUCACGAUCUCGAAGGUGCUACACGAUGUGCCGUCAAGUUCAGCUCCAGGACGGCGAGAAUUCUAAGAAACAGUGGAACUUCAAGACUGGUUGCUGAGUGUAGGUGCAGAAAAAUUGCAGUCAGCACGGUGAAACCCUUCAGCUUAGAGUGGUCAAGUGGUCCUAGCCCUGCGUAACACAGACACAUGCAAAUAAACACACGCUAGGCAAAGCUUUUCUACAUCAGUGUGUGGUAAAUACUUUUCCAUUUGUCAUUUAUUUGCGUUAAUAUUUGAGCAUUGUGAGCAGAACUAUUUUUUUUUGUGUGUGUGUUAAACUCAACCAAUCUCACUGGAGUGCUUUUUACAGGCUUAACAUUGGUUUUUAUUUGCAUUUGCCCUCUCUGACUUCGAAAUGCUGGCCUACAGUUUGUCUGGCACAGACAAGUGCUCUCUCAGCCUGAGUCACACAGUACAUGUUUUCACUACAGAUAUAAAAUUCCACACUUAUGCAACCUGUCAUUUUCCUGAGCCAUUUUUAAUUCCAGCAAAAGCAUUACGCUGCCAAAUUCUUGGAGAAGUUGUCCUAAACAGCUCUAGGGUUUAAUGGAAUAUUAUUUGAUGGGUGAAUUCAAAAACACCAAAGCAAAAAAGAAAAAUAUCACUAUAAUUUAAAAUAUUCUGAAUUCACUGAACUCUGACUCAGGAGUUUGAGAGCACUUUCCUCUGCUUUCAAACAAAUAAAUAAAUGAACAAAAACUAACAUUUCACCAGAAAUCUAAUUAAAGAUGCAAAUGUGUCUA